AGGAAGGGUCGUUCGGGGCGGCGGCCAAAAAUUCGGUAGGACAAGUUGUCGACGCGUCACCAUGUCACGCGCGACGACCAACCACGACCUUCCCGACGACCAACCAAGACCUUCCCGACGACCAACGUUGGAGUUUGUACCACGACCUUCUGGAGAACAAGCAAAGCGGUCGCCUGGCAAGGGGCAAGGCCUCCGAGCUCCUUCUGAAGUAUGGCAUCUCAAGGCAGACCCUCUCCAAAGUUUGGAAGCGGGGACAAGAAACUCGGUCCCAGGAUGGCCGAGCUGACGUGGCAUUGAAGAGGAAGGGUCAUUCGGGGCGGCGGCCAAAGUGCACCAUGGACGAGGUCGAGGCUGCCGUUAAGAGUGUUCCUCCGCAUCUGCGCGAGACGUUCGCUUCGUUGGCAGCAUCCAGUGGGAUCCCACCGACAACGCUAUGGCGCGUCCUUCAGACAAGGACGCUUGAACGGCGGACCAGUCGACUCAAGCCGAUGGUGACGGACAAGCACAAGGCUGACCGCGUGGACUUCGUUCGGCCUUUUGUUCGCUCGACAGCCAGUGGCCCAAUGCGGUGGGAUGACAUGCACGACCGUGUGCACAUCGAUGAAAAGUGGUUCUACCUCACGCUGGUGAACCGCCGCCGUGGCCGGCCGCGCUACGACUACAAUUCGCGAACGAUGUGGGACGGCAAAAUCGGCAUGUGGCACUUCGUGUCGGUAGUGCCAGCGCAAAGGAAGAGCAAGAACCGCGACCGAGGAACGCCCGUGACGACGCCGGUGGCUGUUACCAAGCCGGUAUACCGGGAGUAUCUGCUGAAGCAUGUGAUCCCGACGAUCAAGGAGGUUUGGCCAGGUCGACGCAGUGAACCAAUCUACAUCCAACAAGACAAUGCGCGACCGCAUGUUGAAGUCGACGACGCUGACGUGACGAUGGCGGGUUGUUCGGACGACUGGUCGAUUCGACUCGUGGCACAGCCGGCGAUGAGCCCCGACUUCAACGUUUUGGACCUUGGGUUCUUCAACUCGAUCUAG